AUGCAGCGCACCCCGGCACUCCGCACCGCCCUCAAGCGCUCCCUCGCCUCCCCCUCGUCGUCCUCGCCCGCACGCCUCGUCGCCUCGCACUCGCUCGUCAUCGCCCGCACCUCGCCCAGCCCAGCAGCAGCAACAGCAGCGGCACGACAACUCGCACCACUCGACUGGCGACUCGUCACCCGCGCGUUCGCGACCCACCCUGCCUCGUCGGCAUCCGCACCACUCGGCACCGCCCCGUCCCCGUCCUCGCACCAGCACCAGCACUCGCAGUCCAACUCGAACUCAUCGUCGUCGUCGUCCAGCACCGAGCCCAACGACCCGGACGACUCGUCAAAGGUGCCCCUCACGCAGCGCAUCAAGUACCUCUUCCGCAAGCACGGUUGGACCGCCCUCGUCGUCUACCUCGUCCUCUCGGCCGCCGACUUUGCCGCCUGCUUCCUCGUCAUCUCGGCCAUCGGCGCAGACCGCGUCCGCGAGGCCGAGGACUGGGUCCUCGGCCACCUCGGCUGGCGCCGCCAGAGCGACGACGGGUCCGAGCCCGCGGGCAAGUGGCGCCGCGCCGUCGACGGCUUCCGCGAGCGCCGCGCCGCCCAGGCCGCCAUCCACCCCAAGGGCCAGGACGCCCACCCGUCGCCGGCGGCCGCUCAGGCCGUCAGCGAGGGCGCGACGCAGGGCGAGGUGCGCGAGGCCGAGCGCAAGGGUCGCAGCGCCGCGUCGACCUACGCCACGACGGCCGUCCUCGCCUACGCCGUCCACAAGACGCUCCUCCUGCCGUUCCGCGUUGGCGUCACCGUCGCCGUCACGCCUCGGGUCGUCCGCACGCUGCAGAGCUGGGGGUGGAAGGUCGGCAUGGCGGCUGGAGCACCGCCAACGGCCAAGGCGGCAGCGGCGGCGGCGGGCAAGGCGGCGGCGCCCUGA